AGCCCAGCUGCCGGGGCUUGGGGACGGCGGUAUGGAGUCUGUGGCCCUGUACAGCUUCCAGGCCACGGAGAGUGACGAGCUGGCCUUCAACAAGGGGGACACGCUCAAGAUCCUGAACAUGGAGGAUGACCAGAAUUGGUACAAGGCCGAGCUGCGGGGCGCCGAGGGGUUUGUCCCUAAGAACUACAUCCGCGUCAAGCCCCACCCGUGGUACUCGGGCCGGAUCUCCCGGCAGCUGGCGGAAGAGAUUCUGAUGAAGCGGAACCACCCAGGAGCCUUCCUGAUCCGGGAGAGUGAGAGCUCCCCAGGGGAGUUCUCUGUCUCUGUGAACUACGGGGACCAGGUUCAGCACUUCAAGGUGCUACGUGAGCCCUCAGGGAAGUACUACCUGUGGGAGGAGAAGUUCAACUCCCUUAACGAGCUGGUCGCCUUCUACCGGACCACCACCAUCGCCAAGAAGCGGCAGGUCUUCCUGCAGGACGAGGAGCCCCUGCCCAAGCCGCCCCGGGCCUGCUUCGCCCAGGCCCAGUUUGACUUCUCGGCCCAGGAUCCUUCCCAGCUCAGCUUCCGUCGCGGUGAUAUCAUUGAGGUCCUGGAGCGCCUUGACCCCUGCUGGUGGCAGGGCCGGCUCUCUGGGCGGAUCGGCUUCUUCCCGCGGAGCUACGUCCAGCCGGUGCACCUGUGACCGGAGUGGGCCCAGGGGCUGAGUCAGUGGACCCGCCGUCCACCAGGCAUGUGGAGAGAGGACACUGGCGCCCCCAGUACAGGGCUUUGGACAGGAGCAUGGGUGUCUUGACUGUCUGGCUGGCCUUUGGAGCUUCAUGCUAACUCGGAUGGGCCCAGUGCCCUGGAACCACUGCCACGUGCAGUGCCCACCAGUCUGGGAGGCUCCAGGGCCUCCACUGGCCUCUGACGUCACAGGGUGGCCAGCAGGACCCGUCCACUCCAAACACCAAUGCCCUGCCCCAGGAGGGCUGAAGACUCGGGCUCCACCCACUGGGGGCUGAAGCCAAGGAACUACAGGCUGGGCCUGCCUGUCCCUCCAUUCAAAGCCCCAAGGGCUGGCUACUGGGGAGGGGGCCAGGGCCCAGCGUACUGGUGACUUGGACUUGCUGGACAGACCCUGGUGGAAAGCGACUUCUCAGCUGUCCUUUGAAGACUCUGGGCUCCACAGGCCUCCAACCCCCCUGUCCACUGCAGACACUUAGUGAGGAGGGCAGGGUAGAGGCAAGGUCCUGAGGAAGGAGGGCAGGGGUGGGAGGAAUGGAGGCAGCUGCUCUUUGCCACUGGCCCCAUGGGACGAAUGCACUCCAAGGGGGCAGCCCUGGACAUGGCCCCCUAGAAGACACAGCUGCAUCUGCCGUAUUUGUUGAGGCCCAGGUUCUGCCCAGACCAGGGCUUCAGCAAGCAGGGGUCACUGCAGACCAGGUGGGGAGCUGGGGCAGGAGCUGGGCUUUGAGGUCCAGCAGCAUCCAGGAUGCGGGCAGCCUCGGUGGGCCUGGCUUAAGGAGAGGCUGGGUGUCUAUGGGGAUGGCGCUGCCAUACA